AUGACUCGGCAGCGCCCCCCGGCUCGGGCCUCUUUUCCCAUCCCAAACGCGGGCACUCCCGAGCUGGUCUCGGGGAGCCGAGUGGAGGUCCGGGCUGGGCAAUGCCACCUAGUCUGGGUGAGGGCCGAGACCCUCAGGCAAGGCUCGAGCUUGAAGGCCCUCGGGGACGAGGAGCUCACUACCGCGCUCCAGUGUGGACUGCCCUGGCCACGAGGGCAGGGAGAAGGCCAGAGCCAGAGCCGGAGGGACAAAAUCAGAGAGAACGAGACCCGUGCGGAGCAGAGACGUCCAGGGCUGCGGGGAGGCUGGGUCGGCCCUCGAGAGGCACCUGCCGUUCUCCUGUGGUACGGAGGGGCUGCCCUUGCUGGGGCAGAGCGGAGGGCUGCUCUGCAGCUCAUCCUCGACUCCGAGUCGCCCCGGACACAGGAACGGGGAACCCCGGUCCCGGCAUCCCUCAGCCUCUCUGCCCAAGAUGGAAGCCCAGGAGGUCGGGCCCGGCUCUCUGUCCGAAGUCAGGGCUGCGGCUCUCUCUGGCCGGCCAGGCUCACGCCCUCCCCUUUGCCCGCAGCCCUGAACCCUUCGCACAGCGGCCGGGUGUGCAGCACGUGGGGCAGCUUCCACUACAAGACCUUCGACGGGGACGUCUUCCAGCUCCCCGGCCUCUGCAACUACGUCCUGGCUGCGCACUGCCGGGCGGCCUAUGAGGACUUCAACAUCCAGCUCCGGCGCGCCCUGCUCGGGGACGCCCCCACCAUCGGCCGCAUCCUCAUCCGGACGGAAGGGACGGUCCUGGAGAUCUCCCCCAGCGCCAUCCUGAUCAACGGGCAACAGGAGCCGCUGCCCUACAGCCGCGCGGGGGUCGCCGUGGAGACGAGCAGCGGCUACGUGCGGGUCACCGUGAGGACCGUCCUGACCUUCCUGUGGAACGGGGACGACAGUGCCCUGCUGGAACUGGAUGCGAAAUACGCCAACAGGACGUGUGGGCUCUGCGGGGACUUCAACGGCCUCCCGAUGUACAAUGAGUUCUUCUCCAACAACGUCAGGCUGACCACUUGGCAGUUUGGGAACCUGCAGAAGUUAGAUGGACCCAACGAGCAGUGCCAGGACCCCCCGGCCUCGCCCGCCAGCAACUGCACGGAUGAGGAGAGCAGCUGCCUGAGCGUCCUGAACGGCCCGGCCUUCGCGGGGUGCCACCCGCUGGUGGAUCCGCGGCCCUACGUGGAGGCCUGCGUGCAGGACCUCUGUGCGUGCCGAGAAGCCAAGCAGUCGUCGUGCCUCUGUGCCACCUUCUCGGAGUACUCCCGGCAGUGCGCCCAUGCAGGCGGGCAGCCCCUGGACUGGCGGAGCCAGAACCUGUGCGGCAAGACGUGCCCUUCCAACAUGCAGUACCAGGAGUGCGGCUCCCCUUGUGUGGACAGCUGCUCCAACCCCGAGCGGUCCCAGCUCUGCGAGGACCACUGUGUGGACGGCUGCUUCUGCCCCCCAGGGACCGUCCUGGAUGACAUCGAGGGCCAGGGCUGCGUGCCCCGGAGCCGCUGCCACUGCACCCACGAGGGCCGCUCCUACCAGCCCGGAGCCUCCUUCUCCACGCGCUGCCGCUCCUGCACCUGCCUUUCAGGCCUCUGGCAAUGCGAGGAACUCCCGUGCCCAGGUACGUGCUCGGUGGACGGCGGGUCCCACAUCACCACCUUCGACCAGAAGCGUUACAACGUCCACGGGGACUGCAGCUACGUCUUGUCCAAGACAUGUGCGGAUGCCGCCUUCACCCUCCUGGGGGAGCUGCGCAAGUGCGGCCUGACGGACAACGAGAACUGCCUCAAGUCGGUGACGCUGAACCUGAACGGGGGCGAGACGGUCAUUUGGGUCCAGUCCAACGGGGCCGUGUUUGUGAACUCCAUCUACUCCCAGCUGCCCCUCUCGGCAGCCAACGUCACCAUAUUCCAGCCCUCCACCUACUUCGUCCUGGUCCACGCCGCCUUCGGCCUGCUUCUGCAGAUCCAGCUGGUGCCCAUCAUGCAGCUGUCUGUGCAGCUGGAUCCCUCCUUCCGGGGCCAGAUGUGCGGCCUGUGUGGAAACUUCAACCAGAACCAGGCGGAUGAUUUCACGGCCAUCAGUGGGGUGGUGGAAGGGACGGGAGCGGCCUUUGCCAACACCUGGAAGACCCAGGCCAACUGUGCCAACGUCAAGAACAGCUUCGAGAACCCCUGCUCCCUCAGCGUCGAAAAUGAAAACUAUGCCCAGCACUGGUGCUUCCUGCUGAUGGACCCCAAUGCCACCUUCUCCCAAUGCCACUCCACCGUGAGCCCUGCGCCCUACUACACGAACUGCAUGUUCGACACGUGCAACUGUGAGAAGAGCGAGGACUGUCUGUGUGCAGCGCUAUCUGCCUACGUGCGAGCCUGCGCUGCCCAGGGAGUGCUGCUGAGCGGCUGGAGGUCCGGAGUCUGUACCAAGUACAUGGACAGCUGCCCAAACUCCCUGAGCUACAGCUAUGUGGUGGAGUCGUGCCAGCCCACCUGCCGUUCCCUAAGUGACCCCGACGUCACCUGCAGUGUCCAAUUCAGUCCCGUGGAUGGCUGCGUCUGCCCGCGGGACACCUACCUCAAUGACGCAGGCCAGUGCGUGCCAGCCUCCAAGUGCCCAUGCUACUUUAAGGGCGUCAUGGUGGCACUGGAAGAAACCAUCCGGGAGAACGGCAUCGUGUGUUCUUGCUCCAGUGGGAAGCUGAGCUGCUUCGGAGUCAUGGAUGCCAGCCCAGUGUGCAGGGCUCCCAUGAUCUACCUGGACUGCAACAACGCCUCGGCAGGGACCCCAGGGGCCGAGUGCCAGAAAAGUUGUGACACCCUGGAUGUGGCCUGUUACAACACCCAGUGUGUGUCCGGCUGCGUCUGCCCCAACGGUCUGGUGAAGGAUGGACACGGCGGCUGCGUGAAGGCAGAAGACUGCCCCUGCGUUCACAACGAGGCCUCCUACCAGCCAGGGGAAACCAUCCGAGUGGACUGCAACAACUGCACCUGCAGAAACCGGCGGUGGGAGUGCACCCAAGCCCUGUGCCUAGGCACGUGCUCCGUGUACGGGGACGGGCACUUCAUCACCUUCGAUGGCGAGCGCUAUGGCUUCGAGGGGAGCUGCGAGUACACCCUGGCCCAGGACUACUGCGGCGGGAGCACCAGCACCAACGGCUCCUUCCGAGUGAUCACCGAGAACAUUCCGUGCGGCACCACGGGUGUCACCUGCUCCAAGGCCAUCAAAGUGUUCCUCGGGGGAACCGAGCUGAUAUUCAACGAGGGUGUCGUGAAGGUAGUGGAGAGAGGGCCGGGCAAGGAGGUCCCCUACAAGAUCCACUCCAGAGGCAUCUACCUGGUCCUGGAGACCCUGGCAGGCCUGGUCCUGAUGUGGGACCGCCAAACCAGCAUCUUCAUUAAGCUGCACCAGCGCUACAAGGGGAAGGUCUGUGGGCUCUGCGGGAACUACGACGACAACAGCGUCAACGACUUCACCACCAGGAGCCUCUCGGUGGUGGGCGACGUGCAAGAGUUUGGCAACAGCUGGAAGAUCUCCCUGUCCUGCCCGGACGCCGUCUCCCCCAGGGACCCCUGCACCGCCAACCCUUACCGCAAGGCCUGGGCCCAGAAGCAGUGCAGCCUCAUCAACAGCGACGUCUUUGCCGCCUGCCACUCUCAGGUGGACUCCACCAAAUACUACGAGGCCUGCGUGUCAGAUGCGUGCGCCUGUGACUCUGGCGGAGACUGUGAGUGCUUCUGCACAGCUGUGGCGGCCUAUGCGCAGGCCUGCAAUGAUAUGGGUGUCUGCGUGUCCUGGAGGAAGCCUGAUGUCUGUCCCAUGUUCUGUGACUUCUACAACCCCCAUGGGGAGUGCGACUGGCACUACCAGCCGUGUGGAGCACCUUGUCUAAAGACCUGCCGCAACCCAAGCGGGAAGUGCUUGGUGAACCUACCUGGGCUAGAAGGCUGCUACCCAAACUGCCCUGCUGAGAAACCUUUCUUCAGUGAAGAUGAGAUGAAGUGUGUGGACCAGUGUGGCUGUUAUGAUGAGGAUGGGAACUAUUACAAAGUGGGAGACCGAGUCGUGAGUCCAGCUAAUUGCCAAAACUGUAACUGCACUACAAGCGGCAUACAAUGUGCCCAGGACCAGAAUGAGUGCACCUGCUUGUAUGAGGGUCACACGUACCAUUUCCAUGAGGUCAUCUAUAAUACCACUGAUGGCCUAGGGGCCUGCCUCAUUGCCAUCUGUGGAGACAAUGGAGAGAUCAAGCGAAUGUCUGAAGACUGCCCUGUGCCCUCCACCACCGUGCCAUUCACCUUCACUACCAGUGGCGUACCACGGUCCACCGCAGGGCCAACACCCACCAUCUCAGCAACUUCCACUGUGUGUGUACGAGAAGUCUGUGAGUGGUCUGACUGGUAUGACGGUAGCACGCCGGAAUCGGGGCCGCAAAGUGGAGACUUUGACACAUUUGAAAAUCUACGGCUAAGUGGAUACCAAGUCUGCUCUACUGCCCGCGAUGUGGAAUGCAGGGCCCGGGCAUUUCCAAACAUGUCACUAGAAGAAGUGGGACAGAAGGUGGAGUGCAGCCUGUCCCGUGGGCUGCUAUGCUACAACAUCGACAACCCACCCUUGUGCCAUGACUAUGAGAUCCGGAUGUUGUGCUGCCGCUACAUGCCUUGUGAAGGGUCCACAACCUUGAUGACCAGUUCAUCAGUCACAAAAUCCACAACCACAGUUGCAGCUUCUACAGCCUUGACCUCACGGAUAUGGUCCACCCCCACUGCGGUCAGUACUACUAGUGUGUCCUGCCAGCCUCGGUGCCAAUGGUCUGAGUGGUUUGAUACGAAUUACCCCAAGUCAGAAGCGCUUGGGGGGGACAUCGAGACAUAUGACAAGAUCAGGAGCACAGGGAAGACCUUCUGCCAGAACCCCCAGGAAAUCCAAUGCCAGGCAGAGAACUACCCUAACGUACCUAUUGAGAAAUUAGGACAAGUUGUUUAUUGUGAUGUUCACUAUGGCCUCGUCUGCUGGAAUAAAGAACAACCAGGAUUAUUCAAAAUGUGCCAAAACUACAAGAUCAGGGUUCUGUGUUGUGAUGACAGCCAUUGCAUUGGAAGGACCUCAGCCACCCCACCAGCACCAACACCACAACUGACCAGCAGCCUGGGGACUGUCCACAGGUUCACCUCCAAACCCAACGAGAAUCAUAAUGACCACUGCAUCUCCAUCAGCGCCUACUUCAGCUCCCCCAUCUCCCAACACUGCCAUCAGCAGCACAGCAAGGACCUCGGGAGCGCCAGUAUCAACGCCCUUGGCUACAACAACCAAGAUGGUGGUGACAACAGCAAAUUCUCCCAGCCCAAAGCAGACCACGGUCAAGACAAGUUCUCCCCACAUCCAUUCAUCUACAGAACCAUCACGGACAACAAAGGGCCAAUCCACAUACUCAGAGAUCUCUACAGCACCAACACGACUGAGCACAACUCUGGGGCCACAGACUACUACAGCAGGUUCUCUUGGCCCCACAUCAACCUUCAUAACCUCCUCACCAAGGACAAUCCCAGAGGUCACAACCCCAAGCUCUACUCCCUGUCAACCAAAGUCGUCACGACCACCUCUGCCAGCUCCACGCUCUUGGCCACCUCCUCUCAAACCCCAAAUGUGAACACAGCGGGCACCAAGCCAACACAACUCACCCGAGGCAGGACCGAGAAAGUUACCAGUGUGGUGACACCCUCCACAACAUCACCUGCUGCCUCCACAGCAACAACCCCUGCAGGAACCUCACCUGUGGCGGCUACCACAGCAGGACCAAGCACCUUGUCAACAUCGCCCUCUCCUGAGGUCACCACACGGACAAAGGCGACUCCCAGGUCCCUGGGCACAAGCCCUUCUUCUGGAACCACCACCACGGCGACAUCAGCCACAGAGUGCCAGCCCAGGUGUGUGUGGACCAAAUGGCUUGAUCAGAGCUACCCCAUCCCUGGAAAAGAUGGAGGAGACUUUGAGACCUAUGACAACCUCCGGGCCGCAGGGGAAACCAUCUGUGAGAAGCCUCAGGACAUCCAGUGUCGGGCAGAGAAGUACCCGAAUCGGCCCCUCAGUCAAGUGGAACAAGUUGUGCAAUGCAACGUCACUUUUGGCCUGAUCUGCAUGAACCAGAACCAGGCUGAACCCACCAAGUACUGCCUGAACUACCACAACCCCAACGUCAAGCUUCUCCACCCCUGUACCUUCCAGUCCAAGGACUGCCCCUGUGACCACCCCUGCUUUGCAGACAUCCACCAUCUCUACCUUUUCCACUUCUGUCUCCAUUCCUCCUGUGUCACAGACAUCCCCAGCGCCCUCAACCUUCACAACUCCAUGCUUCUGCCUCGUGGCAGGUUGCUACGAUGUGCACCCACCAAGACAGACCCCAGCAUUGAGAAGAAUAUUGUCUUUCAGCCCAAUACCUACAGCAAUCAUGGGGAUAGAAGUGGAGGCAGGCCUGGAGAGCAAUGGACCAGUAACUGCCAAGACUGCGUCUGUGACAACAGCUCCCUCACAGUACAAUGUAGACCCGUGCAGUGCCAGGAGCCCACGCCACCCCCCAACUGCCAAAAGGGCUUCGUCAUAGUCUACCAGCCUCGGGCAGACAAUGCCUGCUGCGUGGAGGCACACUGUGUGUGUGACCCGUCCACUUGCCCACAAGAUCAGCCAAGCUGUCAGUCCCAUGAGGAGUCGUUCAGCAUCCUGCCUAAAGGCGACUGCUGUCCUGUCUUUGGCUGCCGAGAGAAACAGUGUGAGCACAACGGGACCACCUACGGGCUGCUCCGCUGGGGAAGCUGGUGCCUGUGUGCCGUGGGUGCCCGGGUGGGACUGUGCACCAGGUUGGCCAUCGAAGGAUGCAAGUGUGCCCGCACCUUCGUAGCCAGCUCUAGGGGAGGAGCGGGGGAAGCGGCUCACUCACUGCUCCCACGCAAGCAUCCCUCCUGGCUGGUCCGGCAGAUUGGGUCAACUGUCCCCUCAGACCUGCCCUGCCACACGUGUACCUGUCACGCCGAAGUGAAGCCGGACACCAACAGCACAGUGUGGUGUGAGGCUGAGCCAUGCUCGACCACCUGCGGCCCGGACCAGGAGUACCAGGUCCGCCCGGGCCAGUGCUGUGGGCAGUGUGUGCUAGCGGUGUGCCUCACCCCAGAUGGACAGAGGAUUAGGCUCAACGAGACCUGGGUCAACAGCAGCGUGGACAACUGCACGGAAUACCACUGUGAGAAAGUGGAUGGACAGUUCAUCCUGUCGCAAAGACCCGCCAAGUGCCCAGACGUGCCCUCGUGCAAGGGAGUCCUCAGGAAAGUUGGCUGCUGCUACGAAUGUGAGGCGGUUGAGGAAAACUGUGAGGUUGGGUCCAAUGAAACUCUUCUCCAGUACGGCGGCUGCGUGUCAGAGACAGCCGUCAACGUCACCUUCUGUGCUGGGUCGUGCUUCUCCACGUCCAUCCUCCAGUCUGUGGCCCAAAGGCCUGCCCUGCUGUUAGGGCAGACCCGAUGUGGGAGCACGCGGAGAGCUCUGUGA